GAAUGUGUGUUAUAUGUCUUCCUCCAUCAAGCCUCGCUUUGUUAAAUGAAAAGAGAAACAGAUUGUGCGAAGAGAAAUAGAUUUAAAUUUUUCCAAUUCGUUUCGUAUUCGGAGCGCUUUGUAUGUAAACGCAUGCGCAUAUCGAUUCAUAUUUUGUCAAUAUGAUAAAUACUUAACCUUGAAACUUACGCUUUUAAUGAAUUGUUAAUUGUUUGAUUUAAAGAGCCGCGCGACGCUUUUUUUCUGUUUAUCAAAAUUUGAAUAACACCGACUGAAUAUAAUUUUGUCAAGAUUUAGAACUGCUGCCGUUUAUUUAAGAUUCAUCUGUCUUCUCGUAUACAAAGGUCGUUAAAUGGCAUCUGAUUUCGCUAACAUUUGAAGUGGUAUCUCUGCUGUGAACCGAACACCUGCCGAGAAUCGAAACACACCGCUGUAUAAUUUUGUAAUAGAUAAGAUUUGUAUUGAUACUAUUAAUGUACUGUAUAAUGAUUACAAAUUAAGUGCAUAUAUAAGUUUAUAUAUAAAACUACUGCGCGAAUGUGAAUUGUUGUGGCAUUCUGGUCAAAGUUCGAAAGCUUUAUUUAACCCGUUGUGUGUUUUUUUUUUGUAUCUUUGUAACUUCUGCGAUUUGAUAAUUACAAUGCAGUGUUUAAGAUUAUUUGCAAAUGUCCAUAAUGUGUCUAUUAGAGGUAAAUAUGUUAUUAACCGACGCAUUGCCUCGCUAUCUAUGUUGCCGGAUACUCACCAGAUGCUGCAUAAAACAUGCAGGGACUUUGCCGAACAGGAAUUGAAGCCUUUUGCUGCAGAAUUUGAUAGGAAUCAUCUUUUUCCGAAGGAACAAAUCAAAAAGAUGGGUGAAUUAGGUCUCAUGGGUUUGUGUGUGCCAGAAUCUUUAGGUGGUACCGGAUUGGAUUAUUUAGCUUAUUCUAUAGCCAUGGAGGAGAUAUCCAGAGGUUGUGCGAGCGCUGGUGUUAUAAUGAGCGUGAACAAUUCGCUCUACUUGGGUCCUAUUGAUAAAUUUGGAACUGACAAACAGAAGGAAAAAUAUAUAACUCCAUUUUUAAGCGGUGAAAAAAUCGGCUGCUUCGCUCUCAGUGAACCAAACAACGGAUCUGAUGCAGGUGCUGCAUCUACAACUGCUAAAUUAGAUAAUAACAAAUAUACAGUUAACGGGACCAAGUCGUGGAUAACAAACGCGAAUGAGGCUCAGGCAAUAAUUCUCUUUGCGACUACUGAUAAGUCUAAAAAGCACAAAGGUAUAAGCGCCUUUAUAGUGGACAGGUCAACAGAGAAUUUGACUGUGGGCAAGAAGGAAGAUAAAUUGGGCAUUCGAGGCAGUAGCACUUGUUCUUUGAUCUUUGAGGAUGCCCAGAUACCUAGUGACAAUAUUUUAGGCGAGCCGGGAAUGGGCUUCAAAAUUGCAAUGAUGAGUUUAGAUGCUGGCAGAAUAGGUAUUGCCAGUCAAGCGUUGGGCAUAGCUCAGGCAUCUUUGGAUUGUGCGAUGGAAUACGCGUCCAAGCGUCAGGCUUUCGGCCAACCCAUCAUCAAAUUGCAAACGAUUCAGCAAAAGAUCGCCGAUAUGGCUCUAAAACUGGAAAGCUCGAGACUGUUGACGUGGCGGGCAGCUCGGCUCAAGGAUAACGACAAACCGUACACCAAGGAAGCUGCUAUGGCUAAGCUAUCGGCAUCCGAAACCGCCACGUUUUGUGCUCAUCAGUGCAUACAGAUUUUGGGAGGAAUGGGAUAUGUGUCGGACAUGCCGGCGGAACGUUACUACAGGGACGCGCGCAUUACAGAGAUCUAUGAGGGCACGUCGGAAAUCCAGAGACUCGUGAUCGCCGGAAAUCUCAUUAAGGAGUAUGCUUACAAUUAAAAGAGAUCGCUCGCGCGGCUUAUAACUCACAACAUAAAAACCUCUUCCUGCAAAAUCUCGCUCUUUUUAUAGCCGAGAGAAAAUAUAUAUAUAUUUUUUUAUUAUUAUAAUUAAAACUGUUUGUAUAUAUAUAUAUAAUUCUUUGUAUGUUUGUAAUAAUAAAAGAAAUCAAAGUAAAGAUGUCACUUCUAAAUAUGAUCUAUCUUUUAAUUUUAUUCACUUUGUUUUUUUCUUUUUAACUAAAUAUAUAUAUUAUACGUGACUGGAUUGAGAAACGUAUACACGUGCGCGCGCUCACAUGUAUAUACGUAUAAGAGAACAGAACGCAUACACGUCAUUUUUAUAUAUUUAUAAUGUGUUUAUACACAUAUACAUAUUUUUGGGAUUUUACUGAAACAUUAUUAUGGCAGCGAUAUGGAGAAUAUCAGAUUCUUCUUUUCUAUCUACGACUUUCUUCAAUUUUGCUUACACAUAUCAUCAGAAACAGCUAGAGCCCGCUAUUAUUAUUAUCAUUAAGUAACUAUUACCGUAAAAUGAUAGGGUAAAAGGUAAACCCCCACGCGCACAAGUGUGGAAACUUGUGCGUUCAACGAGAUGAGAAACAUUAUACAUUAAGGCAAAGGUGGAUUCGUUAGUUAUGGGUUUUUUUUUUUUUUUUAAA